GUGGCCAAAGUGGCAAGGUAGUUUCAGUUUAGAUUCAGCCACUGGAUGAUAGAUACAUUUUAAGAGCAUAUAAAAGAGUUCACCUUACGGUUUCGCACACAGUGGCCUACCUUAACUAUCUCCUCCGUCUUCAACACGAUUAUUAAAUAAAGUAAAUAGGAAGUCCUUGUGAGGGGUGCGUUAAAAAUUAUACACAUGUAUACAUACUUCAGUAUGUAUCUACCAACCUACCUACCCACCUACUUACGUAUCUUAUGUUACACUAGUCCUUUCGGCUGAAUUAGGGUGAUGGGCGUAAGCGAAUCGAUUUCAGAUCGAAAUGAAUAAUAAAAUACAAAAGUAAGUUUGAGGUGCGAAUACUACGUAAACGGGACAUGUCGUACAGUGAUGGUGGACGUUCGAUACGUAAAUCAAGCACAAAAUCGCCAAAAAAGUUACGUGUCGUGAAGGGGGACAACGACAAAGUGUCGACGACGAUCAGCAGCUACGGUGAUCACAACAAUCGCGCCUAUGACGGGCACGGUCCUCAACCCUCUAUACAUAAACGAAAUUUGUAUAUUGUAUCGUUCCCCCUGAUAUUUCUAUUUAAUAUAUUGCGAACGCUGCUCUACCAACUAUUCGUUAUAUUUAAGUAUUUUUACACGUCAACGUCGCGCCUUGUCCACCGCAGCAAAAAUAUUAACAACUGCAAUAAACCGUCGAAUUGUCACCUGGAAAUCAUAGUCGGACAAGAUAAUUCUGACAAAGAUAACCUUCUUGCCAUAACGGGUUCUGGUCUUGAAUCCGAAGAUCAGAUGUCACAAAUAUCACGGCGACCCACUGGUCCAGGACCUGGGGAUCCUCUACUUGCCAAACAGAAACACCACCACAGACGAGCCUUCGAAUUCAUCAGCAAGGCCCUGAAGAUCGAUGAAGAAAAUGAGGGUCACAAGGAGAUGGCCAUCGAGUUAUAUAAGAAGGGUAUUGGAGAAUUAGAGAAAGGCAUUGCCGUUGAAUGUAACGGUGGUCGAGGUGAAGUCUGGGAACGUGCUCAAAAACUCCAUGAAAAAAUGCGAGCCAAUUUAGCUAUGGCCAAGGAUCGCCUCGACUUUUUAGGUUUGUAUUCCCCAUCUAGUAUAUGUAAACUGGAGAGACUGGGUGUUGCAAACAGCCCCGUAGAGACAGAGCUGGAAACAAUAGGUCGUCACAACCAGCCAGGAAACCAUUUGAAACAUCGUCUUAGCCCUCGAUCGGCACAAGCAAUUAAAAAUAUUGACCAUAUUAGUCAUAACGACACGGCGCAGUCCAGCGCAGAUCAACAAGCUAUGGUUGCCAACUCAAACACUUCGUACCUAACAUUCCAGACACCAAAAUACGUACAAAGGCCGCGAUCGCCGAAAAACAAUUGCACUCACAUCCUAGAAGCUUCUGGAAGAAAGUUAGCAGUUCCUGGAAAGCGUGCAGCAGGCUCAGCAAUGAGCAAAAGUCAAACUCUACCUCGUAGCAUGGGCAGAUCGGCACCCAGCCUUCCUUGUCAUCGAACAAUGCCUGUUAAACCGUCAUCCACGCCGCCAUCUGUGAAGAGACAAUUUUCGGUACCCAACAAUGGGUCACCUGUUAGAAGACCAGGAACUCCAGCAGGAUCUGGAAGCAACCGAGGAACUCCAACAAGGAAGGCUUCGAUGCCAAAAGGCAUAGAUCCCAAAUUGGCUCAGGUCAUUCUUGAUGAAAUUUUAGAAGGUGGAGCACCCGUUCUCUGGGCGGACAUUGCAGGGCAGGAAACAGCCAAACAAGCGCUGCAGGAAAUGGUCAUCCUGCCCUCUAUACGUCCGGAACUUUUCACCGGUCUGCGUACGCCGUCUAGAGGUUUGCUGCUCUUCGGUCCACCUGGCAAUGGGAAGACUCUGCUUGCACGAGCCGUUGCUACUCAGUGUAAUGCAACGUUUUUUUCAAUAUCAGCGGCUAGCCUGACAUCCAAGUAUGUCGGCGAGGGUGAAAAAUUGGUUAGAGCUCUCUUUGCCAUUGCCCGAGAACUUCAGCCAUCUGUGAUAUUCAUCGAUGAAGUAGAUUCGCUACUCAGCGAACGCAGAGAUAACGAACACGAAGCGUCUAGGCGUCUCAAAACAGAAUUUCUCGUCGAGUUUGAUGGGCUACCCUGCACACCAGAGGAGAGAGUGUUAGUUAUGGCUGCGACCAACAGACCCCAGGAAUUGGACGAGGCUGCUUUGAGAAGAUUCACAAAAAGGGUCUACGUCACACUACCUCAUUCUCAGACGCGAAUCUUACUUCUGAAAAGACUUCUUAGCAAGCAUAAUAACCCGCUAACCUCGCAGGAACUGGAACAGUUGGCUCAGUUUACCGAGGGGUAUUCCGGCAGUGAUUUAACAGGGUUGGCUAAGGAUGCCGCACUCGGACCCAUCAGAGAACUGAAUCCAGAGCAAGUGAAAGAGCUAGAUUUAAACUUGGUGCGUAACAUCACGAUGCAGGAUUUUAUUGAUUCUUUGAAAAGAAUUCGUAGGUCGGUUUCACCGUCGAGCUUAGCUGCGUACGAGAAAUGGAGCUUGGAGUACGGAGACGUCAGUCAUUGAUUCAAAAAUUGUUUAGAGAGCCUUCUGUCUAGGAUCCGAGUGUGGAGAUUUAUCUCCCUAGGUAUGUACAAUUUAUACGAACAUGGAGUGCUUUUGCAUUCUUCCGCCCUUCCAAGCUCACAACAGCUCAGUCUUCAUCAUCCAGUUAUUUUGCUACUUUUAUAACUCACAUGUAAUCAUUAUUAAUCGAUGUGAUGAAUUACUAUACCCUAAUACCAAUACCUCAUCGUAACAUGAAAAUUCAGGUUCAGAAGAACUAUCAACAUUUUUGGUUUUCAGAGAAUCCUGUUGGAAUCUUUUUUCAAUUAUAAUAAAACAGACCGCAUGGGUAUUUUCAUAGUGAAUUGCUUGGGUAGCUUAAAAAUCUUUCCGGAACGCCUUAAGUCAUUUGUAAAAUUAUCUGGUCUGGUUGCUUUUGUAAAUAAUGUGAGAACUAAGUUUUCAUUCUCGAAAAUUUCAUAGCCUGAUGCCCAAAGCUGUGUACUUUAUUUGUGUAUUGCAGGAAAAAUCUGAUUACUGUAAAACUUUAUUGCUGAAUAAAAUCGCUCCUUUAUACGCUUAUAACUUAACGAGACCACGUCUUACCACAGCGCAGGAAACUAAAACGCGUUACAGCAUGAACAACUGUGUACGUAAUAGCUUAAUGUUGGGAACCACAUAGGGUGGGACUCCUCGCUCGUCACUAAAAGAAGGAACAGCAGCGGUGCAGAUUUUCAGAUGGGGUCAGAGUAAAGUCCUCAAGACUUGUGUAAAACAUUCGAGUGUUUGGAUAUUUGAAUCGAAACAAUAUAGAAAAGUCAUUGCAAGAGGGGACAGUUGGAGGGGAUUGAGCCACUGACUAAAAUAGGUAAGCCAUGCUACGAAGAAGACUAGCCUCUAUUUGUCAGCUUUGAUUAAUAAUUGAGAGCAUCGCACCUGCAAGAGAAAGUGUUUCGUACCAACGUUGUCAUGUAGUAAAAACUAACUGAAAGUGAACUGCAGGCACCAUUGCCAGCCCCCAUCGAAUAUAGUAAAGAAAGAUAAUUGGAAAUAAGAAUUAUUUCCGAAUAUGAUUAAAUUCAAUCAUAAGGGUGAUCGGGUGCCUUUAGAAAGAGGGUUUUCGUCUUACAAUUAGGAAUUCGAUCCGCACAUCUCAAUUUAUAAAAUCAACCUUUUUUUUAUUGAUUAUCUUUCGUGUCCAGAAUAAUUUGCAACUAAAUUCCAUCUGUCGUUUAUUAUUCUUCAUCUCCAGAAAACAAUCGAAAACCACGCAAUGCUUUUGCAAGCGACGCGAGAGUGAAAUUAAAUUUGUACAUGAAAAAUAAACACCGAUGUCUCGGGUUUGGCAUUCAACAUAAUAAGUAUUUACAAAAAUUCAUGGUUCAAUAAUAGAGAGACGGAAACUUGAAAAAAAGCCAGAUGAGAAAGAUAAAAAGAAAAAAUAAAUAAAAAUAAAUCAAGAAUGCAUAACUAACCAAAAUUUUACU